CAAAAGCCAAAUCCAAGUGUGGUGCUACAUUCUUUCCCUGCGCUAGUGGGAUCCACUGCAUCAUCGGCCGCUUCCGCUGCAAUGGCUUCGAAGACUGUCCCGAUGGCAGCGAUGAAGAGAACUGCACAGCAAAUCCCUUGCUUUGCUCUACUGCCCGGUUCCACUGUAGAAACGGUCUUUGCAUUGAUAAGAGCUUUGUGUGCGACAGUCAAAAUAACUGUCAAGACAACAGUGAUGAAGAGAGCUGUGAAAGCCCCCAAGAGGCAGGCAGUGGCCAAGAUUAUGUGACCUCAGAAAACCAGCUGCUCUACUACCCUAGCAUUACCUACGCUAUCAUCGGCAGCUCCGUCAUUUUCGUCCUUGUGGUGGCCUUCCUUGCCUUAGUCCUGCAUCACCAACGGAAACGCAACAAUCUGAUGACCUUGCCAGUGCAUCGACUGCAGCACCCUGUCCUGCUGUCCCGGCUGGUGGUCCUUGAUCACCCGCACCACUGCAGUGUCACCUACAACGUCAACAAUGGGAUCCAGUACAUGUCCAGCCAGGCCUACCACAGGCCAGUGGACCUGGACUCUCCACCGUCCUAUUCGGAGGCUGUGCUCGACCAAAGCAGACCACCUUGGUUUGACCUUCCUCCACCGCCUUAUUGUUCUGAAUCUGAAUCCCCUAAUCUGCCAGAUCUUCCUCCUUACCGAUCUCGGACAGGAAGCUUGGCAAGCACAGACACCCCCAUGGCAGGAAGCCCUCUGGGAACAGCUGGCAGUUGGACAAGAGACAUCCAUGGCACUAUGGAUGGCCACAGAACUCUUCUUGAGAGGACAGCAGAUCAAAAUGAUUCUCUGGUCAACCACACUGCUGAAAGAGAAGUGUAA